AUGGAGCAUGUGUGGUACAUGGACGACCCCUCGGUCUCCCCCCCUGGCCUUGCCUUUGUGGGAAUGUGGAGAGUGUGCAUCUAUCAUCUGGACGCCAACAUCAGAACAGCCAAAUUUUGUCAUCGGUACACCUACAGUGAUGACUUUCUCCCUCGGGAUAUCCGUAUUUCUCAACACCUCUUAUUGAUUGCCACCAUACUAGGGUUCCUGGGGAGAGGCCUCACCAUCUUGGCACUUAGGAACAUGUUCAUGGGAAUUCCCCAGAGGCACAACACCUGCAAUCUAUUUGUUGUUACGGGGCUUCUGAACAUAAUUGCUGGUGUCUUGGUCGCAGUUGCCGUGCACUACAAUUACCAGUCUGUCAGAAAUUCACAGGGGAUUGCCUUCCUGCCCUCUUUCCGUUUGCCCUUCAGGCCGGAUAGUCAGGAAACCGGGUGUACCGCUUUAGUGGCAAGUGUAGGUGCCUUCCUGAUGCUGUUAAGUGGGCCCUUUUUGCUCUCUGGCCAAUGUCCCCUGGGCAUCCGAGUACAUCCUGUGAAUUGAAAAACAUGGAUUUCCUGUUUCCUUCUGUUACCUUGUGUGUCUGAAUGUGGUUCAUUGGUUAG